AUGGACUGCUGCUUUGAGCAAAUCAAUGGAGCCGAGAUUCGUAUCGGAAACUCUACGGAGAACAACGGCAACAGCAAUCCUGUAUGUGUGGUCAUUUCUGGUAUCCCAGCAGGUCAAUCCGUCUCUUGCUCAUGCGGUGGAAUGCAAGGCCGUUACUUGAAUAUAGUCAUUCCUGGAGAUUCAAAACAGCUCUCUCUGUGUGAAGUGAGAGUCUAUGGAAAAGAUGGCGUGAAAUUAAGUGGUCAUGCUGUUCAGUCGUCUCUACUUGAAUACUAUCAGGCUGAUCGCGCCAUUGAUAGAAUAAAAUACGGCCCAGGUCCAGCAUCAGAGACGAAUCUGUGGUGGAGGCUGUAUCUGCUGGAUAAUUACUAUAUUAGCACUGUGAUCAUUAUAAACAGAGGCGACUGCUGUCCAGAACGACUCGAUGGAGCUGAGAUUCGCAUCGGAAACUCCCUGGAAAACAAUGGCAACAACAAUCCCGUAUGUGCUGUGAUUACUAGUAUUCCACAAGGAGCAUCCCACAGCUGCUCAUGUCCCGAUAUGGAGGGACGUUACGUGAACAUCGUUAUUCCUGGAGAUAGGUAUCUUAUGCUCUGUGAAGUUGAAGUCUAUAGGAGUUUUUCAGUGAUAAACAUUGUGAGGAUGAAUUUUGCCUCCAAUAGAGAUUUAGUCGGCUCAGAGAGCGACAAACUCCUCUAUCAGCUGCAGUCUGCUCUGGAAGUACGAGGGAUCACCAAUAUCAAACUGUCCUGGACAAAACCUCCCCAGCGAGAGGUGAAACAUCAGGACAUAGAGGAGGGUCCGUGUCAAAGAAUCCAGUAAUCAUGAAUGCACAAAAUGUCUUCAGAGAGAAACAAAAGUUUCUACAUUGAUUCUUCAAAUAAAAGUAAUAAAUAUAAUACAGCCAAUAAU